CCAGAAAGAUCGAAUUUGACAAGUACAAGUGACUGUUGUUGGUCUGCAGCCGCAGCCGCGAUACGCAAAGCAGCUAGACUGCUCGCAGCCACCGUUCGCACCAAAUCUUGCCAGUUCCAUCAGCGAAGAGUCAUCCUAGAUUCAGAAAAUGCAUAAGACGAUUCCAACUCCGUAAGUACAUCAAGUCCCAGCCUGCAUCGACGUCCCAUGCAGCGUGACGUCCCACUCCUCUGCCAUGGCCUUCUGGCAUGCGACCAUCAUCGCCGCCAUCUGCGCGAUCUGCCCCAGCCUGCCUAGCACGAUCUCGUUUCCCUCCCGAAAGCCGUAUUAGUAGUACCUCAGGCCAGUCUUCUCGCAGAACUCGCGGACCAGACCCUGCGCUCUCCUCAGGUUAUGUCUUGGCAGGCGUGGGAACAGAUGGUGGACGGCCUGGAACUGCAAGCCCCCAUAGAACUAGUCGAGCCACUCUGGGCACUUGAUGUUGAUGGUCGUGCGGAGCUGGUGCUGCGCGAAGGGCUCCGUGGGUCUGAGGUCAGACGUUGGCAUGCCCCAGUGCGAGAGCGUGAAUUGCACGUGCAGGAGCAUGGUGACCAUGUGCGAGGCGAGCACGAAAGCGAUGCCGAGAUCCUCGAAAUACUUCUACUAAGCUUUGGUAGCUCUGUGCUGACCUUGUCUCGCUCGGUAGCGCUCCGCAUCACCUGGUUGCCCGACGCAAUCGUGCCGUAUUGUAUCGCCACUUCCUCUUCGCGGUCGCGCGGCUCCCGAGCCUCGCGUCUGUCACAGCUGCACUUGUCGCACGUCUGCGCUCCCUCGUGCUCGUACGUUGCUUCGAACAGAACGCCAGGCCCAAAACUCACACCCUUUAUGCUCGUUCCUGAUCACACUGCCAGACGACCGAUCGAUCAUGUGUGCUGGAGCGUGUGCGACUUUAACGGCGUUUGGGGAGCAACUGUGCGGUGCGGUGCCUCUGCGUGUCCAAGCAGAGUGGACUGGCGCUCUUGGGGCGCUGUGGUCUGCUAGGAUUGUUUGCGCGUGCGUGCUCGCCCCAUUGAAGACAGCUUCUGGCCAGGGAACGUGUGGGAAAGAGCGGCCACGUUCAAUGCUGCUGCGGUCCUGUCGUUGCUUGUCUUUAUACGUCCGCGCGGCCGCUCCUUCGUCGUCAGCCUUUGCAGAUCCAGCUGGAGUGCUUACGAGCUUUGCUUAAAGUACG